AUGAGGCAAGAAAGGUUUGAAAUGGGCCUGCUCCCUCUCCAGUAUGAUAUACAGCUUAGUAAAGUGAGCGAGUAUGAAAGUCUGAGAUGUGAUUUGAAUGCCGUGCUAUGUAGAUGUUUCUCCUUUUCUUUACCAGCCAAAUCAAGUAGGAAACUUACUUUCCUAUACUUGGCUAAUGAUGUUAUCCAGAACAGUAAGAAGAAGGGACCUGAAUUUACAAAGGAAUUCGAAUCUGUGCUCGUGGAUGCUUUUUCACACGUUGCCAGGGAGGCAGAUGAGGGCUGCAAGAAGCCCUUGGAACGAUUGCUGAACAUCUGGCAAGAGAGGAGUGUGUAUGGCAGCGAGUUCAUACAGCAGUUGAAACUGUCCAUGGAGGACUCCAAUAGCCCCCAACCCAAAGUUACAGAGGAGAAGAAGUCCUUGAAGCGGACGUUUCAGCAGAUGCAAGAAGAGGAAGAUGAUGAUUAUCCUGGAAGUUACUCCCCACCGGACCCCAAUGCUGGGCCCCUCCUGGCAGAGGACUUGAUCAAAGCCCUGCAAGAUUUGGAAAACGCAGCAUCAGGAGAUGCCACGGUGCGGCAGAAAAUUGCUUCUCUUCCCCAGGAGGUUCAGGAUGUGUCACUGUUGGAGAAGAUUACAGACAAAGAGGCAGCAGAGCGCCUUUCGAAGACUGUGGAUGAGGCGUGUUUGCUACUCGCGGAGUACAAUGGGCGACUAGCAGCGGAACUGGAAGACCGGCGCCAGCUGGCACGCAUGUUGAUCGAAUACACACAGAACCAGAAGGAUGUGCUGACGGAAAAGGAGAAGAAGCUGGAGGAAUACAAGCAGAAACUUGCUCGAGUAACUCAGGUCCGCAAAGAGCUCAAGUCCCACAUCCAGAGCCUGCCAGAUUUGUCGCUGCUGCCCAACGUCACUGGAGGGCUGGCGCCUCUCCCGUCUGCUGGGGACCUUUUCUCAACUGACUAGGACCCGAGGGGGUCUGCAUUCCCACCUCCCCCAGUUCCAGCAAUAGCAGCAGACCACUUCGUAAGGAUGGGCGAUUCUCGCGGGAAGCUGACCUUGGAAGCGAUGUGCAGAGACCCGCCAGGGACCAUCUCCGCUGGGCCUGCUGCCCAGUCUGGUGACUGGGGGGUUGGGACGGGCACGGAAGGGCAUCGCUUCUGUUUCGGAGGAAGGCAGAAGGCGUCUUUCUUGAUGAAAGUCCACACUGACUUUGCUUCCUGGUGGCACUUCCAGCUGAUGCAAAUCAUGUGUGCCGAGAGCCUCCGAAGAGUUUUGAUUCCUGUGUUGCUUUUUUCCCUCCUACAAAAAAGAACUGGAUUGUUUGGGGGUUCAGCUCGAGGUGUUUUCAGCCCUGUGACCUGGGAUCAGUGGAAGCCAUUCCUGCUCCCCCAUCUCUUUUGUUUGGGCCUCUCAUUCCACAGCAUUGAAAAUGGAAAGCACUGAAGGUUCAAGUCAGUGGGUUUUAGUAAGGGUUUUUCCUCCCUAUCCUUCCCUUAAUCUCCAAAGCUGUGAAACUUUGUCAGUUAAUUUUCUUUUUGGCCCCGAAUCAGUGGGAGGGAUGGGGAUUGUAAAUGGGUACAUUCUCUGAAGGGCAGCAAAGUUGCUCCCUUCACAUGAACAGAGCCCCACCCGAGGAGGUGCCCGUGGAUCUACACCCAGGUUGGACUAACCCCUGCUCAUUGGCACUCUGCCCUUCAGGCGCAGCAUUGCAGGCUUUGUUCUUAGCAGUGCAAACAAACGUUCACUUUGCACUGAUACUGCUGACGGUGUGGGCUUCCCUGCUGUUUUUCGAAAGAAAACCCUAGUUACCAAAUCUACUGCUGCUGCGUUUUUGGUGGCCAUAUGGGACAUCCCCCUGCCCCUUUUUUAGAGGAGUUGCCCUUCCCUUUGCUCCCCCCCCGGAAUUCCUUUGCUUUCCUCACGUGGAAGGGUUUGGCUUCCUGCUUCGUGCCCAGAUCCAGCCACAGGAAUCCCCUCUCAGGCUAGCCUCUUGCGGAUGGUUUGGGCUGCCAGUCCCAACGUUGCCAGCCCCAGCGUCCCUCACCCUAACCCCGCGCUGGCAGACAUGACCCCAGACAUCUGGCGGUGCCAGGCGGAGAAGGCUGAGCCUCUAAGUGACGGCCUUUUCUCCUUCACAGACCACAGGCAGUGAGGAACCUCUUCUCAUGAGUGUGGGUGUGAGACAAAGUGUGUGUUCAAGUCACAGCAGCACAACUCUGGCCGCCCGUGUAUUCCAUUUUUUGUUUAAUGAAAUUGAAAUCUGCUUUGCUUUCAGAGGUUGGAUUGAGGCAGGACCUGUGAUGAGCCGCCUCACGCACUGUGUGGUCUUUCUGCUAAGAUCCAGUCCAUUUCCUCCCCUGAGGCAUUUUCUUAAAUCUGUAUAUGAAUCACUCUAGAAAUUUAGAGGUAUAGGCUGUCAUUUUAGCAGCAGUAUAUUCUGAAAUGUCUCAUAAAUAUAUUUUUGAAUAAAGAGGGUGUCAUUCAGUGGG